UCGGAUGUGUCUCGUCGCGUGUAGACACAAGCACACCAAGCAAUGACACACGCGUGCAGCACAGCAGCAGCAAAAGGGCCAAGUGCGCCCCGAUGCCGCACACGUGACCUUGUUUGCCCGAACGUUUCGUCGAGUGGCAAUGAGCGGCGUGGUGUAGGCCCUCCUCGUCAGUGAGCGGCGCGCUUCCAGUAGCGUCAGACAGAUCCAGAGGCGUGAACGGCGCGCACAGAGCGGCCGGAGUUGAGCCCAGCCAGACGGCAGCGGGACGUGCACGGGACAGCCCCGCCUUGGGCACACGAGCGGCGACGCGAGCGCUCGACGAUAACGAAGGGCGCGUCAUCGUCACUCGAACGCUUGUCGCGCAGCGGAGGAGGGAUUGCGCGGCUGCUCCUGCUGCGGUGACGUCGGCGACACUCCGGGACCAUGGCGGGCAUGUGGUUCGUGGUUUGCGUGCCCAAGGAUGAAGAGAUCGCGAAACCGAAGCAGCCGCUGCCCCAGCAGCAACAUCAGACGCUGCAGGCACCCAACGGAGCUGUGCGCAAGGAUGCCAACGGAGUCCAGGAGACGCGAACAUCGGCAAAGCAGGCCUUGCAAGACUGCCUGGAAGAGUUGGGUGUCGAAGAUGCAGUAUGGUGCUCGAGGAGUUCGGACAAGGUCUACCAGGUCAUGUUUCCCUGCGAGUCGGGUGAGGACACGGACCUGGUGCUCAAAUCUCUCAACUCCAGAGGCAUCGGACUGGACGCGGGCUCCACUGUCGGCGUUGUUCCUUGCGCGAUAUUUUACCAAGGUGGUGACGAUGCUACGACAGAAGACCACGAAGAGGAAGCGUCCGGCUUCAAGACUGCCCAGCAGAAAUUUCUCAAGUCUGUGACGGCACGUCUCACGGUAGCCCAGUUGUUAUUCUGGUUUGACACGGGCCGGUUUGUUAUUCGUACGAACGGCAGCAGGGCAUUUGUGUCUUUCUGCUGCGGCAAGCAGCAGUGA